AUGCUUGAGCUCCCGAUCACCAUAAGGUCUCUGGAACCAGACACGCAAUUCGUGAACCAGGCAGCUACAGUCUGGCCGAAUGCUUCCCAUCUCACACGCAAUAACGACGGUCUCCUCCCCGCAGCCUUGGAAACAAGACAAGGCAGCAAAACGACUGUGAAUCUCCCAUCAAAUCCUGAAUCAGGGCCACCUGUGGAACCCAACAAGCAGCGGCGCGGCUCAAAGAUUCAGUUGCCCCAAGACGUCACCCCAGAGAGGGCCCAGUAUCUGGAACGUAAUCGCGUUGCUGCAAACAGAAGCCGCCUGAAGAAGAAGCAACAGCACGAGCAAAUCCAACACAUUUUAUGCAAAGAGACGAAAAAGCGGAAACACUCUUAG